CGGAGCGGAUGGGGAAGGCGGCGGCGGCGCUGGGGGUCGAGCUGGGCGUGCGGCUCGGACUCUUCCUGGCCUUCCUGGCCACGGAGCUGCUGCCCCCCUUCGAGCGGCGCAUCCAGCCCGAGGAGAUGUGGCUGUACCGCAACCCCUACGUGGCGGCCGAGUACGUCCCCGCCGCGGCGCUGUUCGUCAUUGCGUUUCUCUCCCCGCUCUCCCUGAUCCUCCUGGCCCAGUGUCUGCACAAGGCCGGCUCCAGAGACUGCCAGCAAGCCUGCCUGGCCGCCAGCUUGGCCUUGAUGCUGAACGGUGUCUUUACCAACACAGUGAAGCUGAUUGUGGGCAGGCCACGCCCAGACUUCUUCUACCGCUGCUUUCCUGAUGGGGAAGCCCAUGCCAACCUGUCGUGCACAGGAGACAAGGACGUGGUGAAUGAGGGUCGGAAGAGCUUCCCCAGUGGACAUGCUUCCUUUGCAUUUGCCGGCCUGGCCUUUGCCUCCUUGUACCUGGCAGGGAAGUUACACUGCUUCACCCCACGAGGCCGUGGGCGGUCAUGGCGGCUCUGUGCGUCCCUGUCCCCUCUGCUCUUGGCAGCUGUGAUCGCACUGUCCCGCACCUGUGACUACAAGCACCACUGGCAAGAUGUGCUAGUUGGAUCCGUGAUUGGCCUGACUUUCGCCUAUGUCUGCUACAGGCAGUAUUACCCUCCUCUGACUGACGCAGAAUGCCAUAAACCUUUCCAGGACGAACUUACACUCCCCACUACCCAGAAGAAGACUGGUGAUCUUCAUCAUUUUAGCGCUGGAGCUAAACACUGGAGCACUCUCAGUGGAGAAUAAGUGAAUCUCAAAAUAGGAAUUUCAGGUCUUUUUGUUUUUUCACCUCUUACAAGGCAAAAACGAGGACAAAAGUCCUGUACUUUGCCUGUACGUGA